AUGCAAACAUAUACGCGUGCCGAGGAGGAGCUUACCGCGAUUCUGGUUACGGAGCUACUAGCCUAUCAAUUCUGCUCCCCAGUACAAUGGUAUAUAUCACAAAGAUUCCAAGGUUCGCCUCUGUCUAACGUUAGCAGGAUUUCAACACAAAAGUCCAUCUUAAGCGGCGCUCAGCCUGCCGAGCGCGUCAUUGAAAUUGGCCCUGGGGAGACUCUGAUCAAUAUGGCCAAAAAGACAUUGGACAUUUCAUGUAGUGUUCAAGAUCUUGUUGCUGGUCGUACCCGGCAGCUUCUCAGCUAUGCAAAGAACGCCGAGGAUAUUCAGUACUCAGCACAGUCUCCACCUGACGCCGAGACCCCAACACAAAGUCACGAUUCUUCAUCCACAGAAUCAACACAGUUACUUGUCGCGGCCCCGACCGCAUCUUUGGCUCCAACAUCCACCACAGGUCCUCUUAAAAUCGAAGACGUACCAUUAAAUGCAGCCGAUGCCCUGCGAACAAUUGUCUGCACUGGUCUAAAAAAGCAGCCGGAUCAGAUUUCAUUUGAAGAAACGAUUAAACGUUUAUGCGGAGGUCGUUCCCCUUUAGAGAAUGAGAUAGUCGGCGACUUAACAGUGGAAUUCGGGAAUCUUCCAGACCAGCCGGAGGAUCUCACUUUGUCUCAGCUAGCAGUCACACUCAACGAGAGCCAACAUGAACGAGCAUUGGGUGCAUGGAGCAACGCGAGAAUCGGAAGAUUCGCUACUUCCAAACUUUCCUCAGGCUCAAGCCUCUCAUCAAUACGACGUUACCUAUCUAGCCGCUGGGGACUUGGCCAAGGGUUGCAAGAUAAAGUCUUACUUGCGUCUCUACUAAAUCAACCUUCUGCCCGUCAUUCAGACGAGGCUGCAACACAAGGAUUUCUUGACGACAUGACACGAAAGACUUUAGCCGCCCACAAUAUCAAUUAUGAAGCAAGCUCCGCAGGGGCCAUGCACCAACCUCCUGCUACCGCCAAUAUUUCGCCUGAAGUUCUUCUCGCCCUUCAAAAAGACAGUGUUGCACAUGACGAACGUUUAUUGAGUGUGUACGCACGCCGCUGUAACCGUGAUCCUGGUGAUUCUUCUAAGUCAUUAAACAAUAUCAAGAAAGAAAUGAGCAAUAUACAAAGCCAAUUGGACUUGUGGCUAGAGGAGCACGGGCAGUUUUAUGCCGAUAAUCUAGGUCCGAAGUUCGACCCACUCAAAGUCCGGACGUACGACGCCUCCUGGAAUUGGGUGCUUCAGGAUUUCAUGGCGUGGGAAUCAUCUUGGAAUAACAACCCUGAGAAUGAAAUAGCGACCGCGACCGGCCUGGAUUUUGAAUCACUCGGUUUCGAAACAAGAGCUACUUCCCGUUUGUUGCAGACAAUUGAUUUCAUUCGAAAUCGAUCUGUGCAAGAUAAAAUCCACAUUGAGCGGUUGGAAAGAAUUCGCCAAUCUGUAUAUGAGGGAAUUGAAAAGCCUCCUACAUUUCGCUGUUCAUCUGGGUUGAUCAAAUCUUUUGAAAAUAUGGAUGAUGCAAAGAAAGAUGCUCAACCAAAUUUCAAACUACCGCUGGAGGGUGACGAUGGUUACUUCAAUCAGUCCAUCUUCGGGCAAAAUCAUACUCCAUCAACUUCGGAAACCAGUACCCCGGAAGAACAAAGCGAUGGGAUGAUCAACACUCCGCUGAGCACUAUUUCCUCAAGGAACGAUGACUUGGCUGACCAGGCCAUGACAUUCGGGCCACGGGGUCAUGCCCUCGAACCAACGAUAAAAACAAAAGGACAAAGCGGGUGGUCAUGCAAUGCAAGCAUUACUGCUGAUUUUCACUCUUGGGUGAAAGAGUCUUCUACCGAUGGAACCUCUUUCGAAGGGCAGACAGUUCUGGUAACUGGUGCUGGAAAGGGCUCGAUUGGACAAGAGUUAAUCCGUUUCCUACUCACUGCCGGUGCGCGAGUGUUGGUUACCACGAGCUCAUACUCCACCGAAGUGACAAACUCUUGGCAAGCACUUUACGCCAAAUACGGAGGUCGUGGGUCUCAGCUAUCAGUUCUUCCCUUCAACGGCGGAAGUAAAAAGGAUGUCGCGUCAGUGGUGGAUUACAUUUUCAACAACUUAGGCUGGGACCUUGAUAUUGUAGUACCGUUCGCUGCUAUCAAGGAAACGGGCCGGGGGAUUGACAACAUUGACUCACGAUCCGAGAUGGCCCAUCGGGCAAUGUUGACCAACACGAUCAGGCUCUUGGGUGCGAUCAAAACUCAGAAAGAGAAUCGGCGGAUCUUUUCAAACCCGACGCAAGUAAUUCUACCGCUAUCGCCAAACCAUGGAAUAUUUGGGAAUGACGGCCUGUAUGCUGAGAGCAAACUGGGACUGGAGUCUCUGCUCAACAAGCAUCAGUCCGAGGAUUGGCAAAUGUACCUCAGUAUCUGCGGAGUAGUCAUUGGCUGGACCCGUGGAACUGGCCUCAUGGCUUCCAAUGACACCUUCGCCAAAGAGAUUGACCGACGUGGAGACAUGAGAACAUUCUCGACCUCUGAGAUGGCGAGCUACAUAGCCUGUCUUAUGACAGGUCCAGUCCAUGCCCUCUGCCAGAUGGAGCCACUACUCGCGGAUAUCUCAGGUAAUAUGUCCUCGCAUCCGGACCUGAAAGGGCUUUUGAAUCAAAUCCGGGCCGAGCAAGGCGAAUCGAAAAAGAUGGCGGAUAUUCGAGCAUUAGAUGAAGGGCUGGAGUCUCCCGAACAGAAGACCAUCACGUCAACUUUGCGACCGCGACCUAUGAUGGUCAUUGAUAGCUAUAAGUUUCCAGAUGAUGAGGCAGAGGUUGCUCCCAUACGGAAAGAGCUUGAAGGCAUUGUCGAUCUGGAUCAUGUCGCCGUUAUUGUUGGCUUUGGGGAAGUUGGUCCGUUUGGAAGUAGCCGAACGAGAUGGGAAAUUGAGGCGACCGGGAAACUGUCUAUCCAAGGAUGCGUGGAGAUGGCCUGGCAAAUGGGUCUUAUUCACUACCACAACGGAGUAUUGAAAGGUGUUCAGUACUGUGGAUGGGUCGACAAACAGUCCGGAAACCCUAUUUCCGACUGCGAUGUGAAGGUCAAAUACGAGGAGCAUAUUGUCAACCACACCGGGCUGCGCUUCUGGGAGCCACAAGACGAUGAAUCGACAGGCGCCUCCCAGCAAUCUCUUCUUCACGAAGUGCAUGUAACCGAAGACCUCGCCCCUUUCGAAGUCACAUUCGAGACGGCAGAGGAUCUUCAACGGCAGCAUGGCAACAAGGUAGAUAUAUUCGACAGAAAUGGCGAGACAUUUGCUCGACUCAAAGCAGGCGCGACACUCUUGAUUCCCAAAGGAGCCAAACUGGAUGUUGGAGUUGGCGGUCAAAUUCCAAAAGGCUGGAAUGCCAGUGUCUAUGGUAUCUCAGACGAAAUCAUCAGUCAGGUUGAUCCAGUCACACUCUGGACAAUCGUUUCGACCGUUGAAGCGCUGCUGUCGGCCGGUAUAACAGAUUUCUAUGAGCUGUACCAACACAUCCACGUUUCCGACGUCGGGAUCUGCGUAGGAGCUGGCAUGGGAGCAGCGGAGUCCAUUCAGAAAAUGUGGAAGGGGCGCUACAUGGACCAACCCGUUCAAAAAGACAUAUUGGCUGAGACUUUCAUCAACACAACGGGCGCAUGGGUGAAUAUGCUGUUAUUGGGUGCGUCUGGUCCGAUACGAACGCCCGUUGGUGCAUGCGCGACGGCCCUGGAGUCGGUUGACACGGGAUAUGAUCUUAUCACAACAGGAAAAGCGAAGUUGUGUCUCGUUGGAGGGUUUGAUGCGCUACAGAUUGAGACGGCGGCGGAGUUUCGGAAUAUGCAAGCAACGGUCAAUGCAACUCAAGAAACGGCCGCUGGGCGUGAGCCUCGAGAAAUGUCACGACCUAUGACUUCUUCGCGUGCGGGCUUCGUGGAAGCAGAAGGCAGUGGUGUGCAAGUUAUGACAACAGCGCGAUUGGCUUUGGAUAUGGGUCUCCCUAUCCAUGGUAUCGUUGCUUUAUCGCAUACGGCCAGCGAUAAAAUUGGACGCUCUGUCCCUGCUCCAGGCGAGGGGCUUCUGACGGUGGUCGCUGAAGCACCUUCUAAAUUUCCGUCCCCAAUGCUCAAAACUGCGUAUCGUCGGCGGAAUAUUGUGUUGAGGAAUUCUCAAAUCGAGGACAAAAGAGCAGAAGAUAUGGCCUGGCUGGAUGAGAACGCCAAUAGCUACGACACAGACAGCGUGAAUUCUAUGAGAUCCGAGAUCGAAAUGGAAGCUGAGCGGUCCCGAAAAGAGGUUCUUCGUACGUAUGGAAAUCGCUUCUGGGAGAACGACGAUCGAGUAUCGCCACUUCGGGGAGCAUUAGCCGUCUGGGGCUUAACAGUAGAUGAUCUCGACUUUGCGUCUCUGCAUGGGACCUCUACUAUCAAGAAUGAUUUGAACGAGACGAAUGUCAUCCAGCAACAAAACGCGCAAUUGGGCCGAGCACAAGGGAAUCUUCUACCUUGUGUCUGUCAGAAAUGGCUGACUGGGCAUGGAAAAGGGGCUGCAGCUGCGUUUGCCCUCAACGGCUGUCUGCAGGUGCUGUCCAGCGGGCAAAUUCCUGGCAAUCGCAAUGCGGAUAACAUCGACCAGCGACUUGACGCGUCCAACUAUUUGGUGUUUCCAAAUCGUACUAUUGUUGCUCCCAAACCCUUGAAAGCAUUCACGGUGACAUCAUUUGGAUUCGGGCAGAAGAAUGCUCAAGUCAUAGGCGUGCAUCCUCGAUAUUUGUUUGCCGCCAUUUCUACGAGUGAAUAUAGAGAGUAUCAGGAGAAGGUAACUGGGCGUCGUCGACGCGCAUUUCGAUAUUUCCAGGAUGGCUUGUAUGGUGGCAUGCUAGUCCAGCUUAAGGAUAACUCACCAUAUGCGAAUUCCGACACCGCUACAUUCUUGAUGAACAGCAAGGGCCGGCUUUCCGGGGAGGAACACCAGUAA